GGCAAUCAGAAAAGAUGCAUUGUCUGUUUUUGCAGCAAUCACAGUAAAGAUAAAAUGAAAAUGAAACGAUGAAGAAAAAAUGUUCCUGGAUUAAAUUGCAAUUGCAUCAUGUCUUCAAAACCUUCUUUUUCAUCUGCUCACAGCAAUAGCGACAAGAAAAGAUCCGACAGCGCUGUCUGGAUGGAAGAAGAACGCUGUACAAAAUAUGAUACUAUCGUUGAUGAACAAGACUGGGCAAGGACGAUAGUGUCCGUCCCAAGCAGCACAGGCAACAUAAUUGAAGAUCUCCAGGGCGAUGAGGGCGUAUCUGUGUUCAGCAUAACUACAGACUUCGGUGGCGAGCAUGGUUCCAUUUCUAACGAAGUGGAUUUGGGUGAUGAUCUCGAUGAUAUUUUCGAUCCUACAAAAGAAACGUCUACAAUUGCCGACCAAAUCAAAGUCGACUUUACGGAUAGUGAUCCACUUCAUAACAACGCCCUUGUCGUGUUAGGGGACGAUUACGAUGCCAAUAUGACGACAGGCGACAACAAAAAUAGAACGCCUAAUCUAGUGACUAACACUCCAAUGAGGAGGCCGAAAACAUCAAAGAUCAACCCCAUGUCUGGACAAAAAGCGUUGACCGAUGACAAGCAAGAGUGGAGAAAUGAUAUUCUCUCGUCGUUUGCAAGAAUAGUGACACCGAAUAAGAGAAAACGAAAAGAGAAGCCGACGCUGAAGAGAAAAUACAAGAUAAAGUCCACGAUGGAAGACAAAAAGAGGUCUCCAAUUGAGAAGCCGCAUACAUACUCUCUGCGGAGGGGAUCAAUUACAAAUAAUAACGCCAAUGAAUACCUGACAAAUCCUCUUUUCCAAUCAAGUGGAAGUACUUCAGGUCAUAGGAAACGUCGGCUUCUUCAAGAAAUUGAAUCCUUCAACAAUCCAAGUCUGAAAUCCUUGAAUGGGGCUGGUUCAGUAUCUGUUCACGCCAAACCAAUGUUCGGAAAUCAAGGCCAGACGCUGCGAAAGACAGGAAACACGAAGUCAGCACUCUCACGACCUCUUGCGACUGGUGCAGUGGCAGUUUUGAAUACGAAGUAUCUGAUGAGAGGCACGAUGUCAUCGACGAAGCGAGUAUCGAAAGCGAAGCCAAAAAAGGAGACAAGCAAAAACCGGAAGGCGAGGAAUUCCUGCAGUAAUCAAAACCGAGAUACCACUACAAAUAUGUCGAUAAGGAUAGCAAAGAAUUUCCGUUUCAAACCGCAGGGAUGCGAAGGUCGUACAAAGUGGAAAACUUAUUUUGGGACGGUUGUCAGCAAACGAGGAGUCCAAAAAACUAAAUCCUACGUCUGGACUUUAUAUCAUGUCGUUUAUGAUGACGGUGAUGAAGAAGAUUUCAACUCAAGAGAGUUGAAACAGGCAUUGGAUCUGUACGAAGCUUCGAAGGAACUGGAUGGCGAGACUAAAUGCGAACCAUCACUGGAGCCUGAGGACGAACGAAAGAAUCCACAGAAUACCGAAGAGAUCCACCAAUUGCCGCAACUGUCAAACAAACGCAUAGAAGUCGUCCUCCACAAUCACGGACAAUCGACAACAAAGCAAGGAUCGUCGUUGCAAAAGGACUUAACACCUGCUAAUAGUUUCACUCGAAAUUCAGAGGCUGCAAAAAACAUGAAACUACAGAAAAGAGAAUGCACAGGUUGCGCCCAGGUGCAAAUCGACAUUAGUAAGAAAAGAAAACAUUUGAAUCAGCGACAAGAAAGACAGAAAUGUCAACGCUGUUAUUAUGACCUCACUCAAAGUCGUGAAGUCGUUGAUCUAUCGAAAGAGCAAGCAAGUGAUGACGAUUCAGUGCAAGUGCUAGACUUGAUAGACCUAUCUUAGUGCUAGUGAAUUGUAGCCACAAUUCAUGUUCAAAAUAGACCAAAACAAAUUAUGAAGUGUACAGUAAAAAGUUCUGAAUUCUGUAGUUUUUGAUGCAAAUAAUUCCAGAAUAUUGUGAAACACUAAAGAAAAAUAUUUCCACCAGAAUAUUGUGAAAAAUUAAAUGGACUUUUGAUAC